AUGAAACAUACUUCGAAAUGCCAAGUCGGAGGGCUCUUCUGUUUGCUCCUUGUCGGGAAUAUCGCAGCACUUUCAUUGGGAAGCGCCUCGAAGCCUUACGAUAAGCAAAAAGUGUGCGUUUUUGGUGCCGGAGGUUUUCUGGGUGGUUGUAUCUUUGGCUUCCUUCAACGUUGUGGGUCACUCUAUGGGACAGGUAUUGAUGGAAUUCAAGGGCCCCGUGCAAUCACAGCGACUUCAGUAGGAAGCCUAGCAUUGAAUUCCAUCCUAAGCAAGAACUUUGUCCUUGCCCAAGCGGACGAAUCUUUUGUCAAGCUAACGGACAUGUCUUCCAUUGAUUCCAUCGAAAAUCGGCUUCAAGGUUUUGAUGCAGCAGUCCUGGCAACCUGCUAUGCACUGGAAACAAGGCCCGUAACCAGUGGAUCCUACGAAAGGACGCUUAAUGACAAAACGACAGAGUUUUAUAUGGAUAGACCAAGGUCUGAUACAUAUCAAGAAAUUGACUCUCCAGAUCAUUCGUUUGAUUUUUUUCGGUCAUCGUUGGAAGCUUGUCGCGCUGCAGGGAUAAGAAGGCUAAUAGUUCUUGCGAGCGAUAGUCAAUUUGAAAGGGAUUCAGGAGAUAAACAUAUCGAUAUAUUGAACACUUGCGGCAUUCCUUAUGUUUACAUUCGGCCCAAUGGGCAACUUGAGAAUUCUCCAAAUUCAUGGACAUUUGCCAAAGGAGUGCAGGGUGACUUGGUAGUUGAAAGAGGAUAUAUUUCAUUAGACCCUUCGAGUUCAAGUUUACCAGGAGUUUUGUAUCGCGAGGACUUGGCUGCAGUGGCUGUUCAGUCACUUUUGUCCUUGGACUGGAGUAUCAACAGCAUCAUCAAUGUUGAGUGCAUUGGGCCAGCCCCUGCUCGGAAAGUUAAUAAAGCACUUGCAAAAGAGUGGUGCGUAAAUUCUGAAAGACUGAAGUCCAUAUUGGAAGAGAACUAG